AUGGAAACCCUUCGACAGCUUAUCGCAGUUACGCCUAAAGGGUUUCUCCCAACCAUUGUCGUUGGAUUGAUUUCGCUUUUCAGCUGGUACAUUCGCGAUGGCAAACCGUUCUCUGGAUUUAAGCUUGUCGGCAAAGAGCCGGGUGAAUGGUUCGACAACGCGGCAUUGAAAAGAUGGCAAGAUGACCCCCUCAGACUCAUUAAGGAAGGUUUCCAAGCAACAGCAGGACGGCCGUUCCAAGUCAUAACAGACUCAGGUCCUUUGAUCAUGAUUCCUCUGGAUCUGGCGGAUGAAAUACGCAACGAUCCCCGCCUGACCUUUGCCGGGUUCUUGGAGCGCCAACAACUUACCAACUAUCCUGGACUCGACGCUUUACACCUCAGUACUAAGGAAGAAAUCAUUCAGGAAACGAUUCGAAAGCACCUUACCCAGGCGCUCGGAGGGUUGACACAACGACUCUCCGACGAGGCGGCAGCAGUCUUGAACGAUUGCUUACCAGCAGAAAACGGAGAUUGGCAGCGUGUCCACUUUUACAUGACCGCAGCCCAAGCUGCGGCCAGACUGUCAGCUCUGGCCUUCCUUGGCGAUGAGCUUUGCCAUAACUCCGAAUGGAUAGACAUCUCUAUAUCAUUCACAAGCGUAGCAUUACACUCGGAGAACAGCCUCAGAGCUUGGCCGGCGAUCUUACGGCCGUUCAUUCAUCACUUUCUUCCGGAACUCUGGUACAUCAAGGGUAUCACCAAAAAGGCCCGGGCUAUUAUUCUUCCUGAAUUGGAGAAGAGAAGAGCAGCUCGUUCGACGUCCACCAAACCUCAAGAUUCGCUCUCCUGGCUAGACGACGUCCGUGGAGAUCGGGAUUUCGACAUUGUCAAGGGCCAGCUUUUCCUGACUUUUGCUGCUAUCCAUACCACGUCCUCCGCCCUCACGGCACUGUUGUAUGAUCUUAUUAACAACCCCAAGUACUUCGACCUUCUGAGGGAGGAGAUUGCUCAAGUCCUGCGCGAGGAUGGUGGCUGGAAGAAGACAAGCUUAUAUAAGAUGAAACUCAUGGACAGUUGCAUGAAGGAAAGUCAGCGCUUGAAUAUCCUAGGACAUCAUAUGAUGAACCGCCGCGUCGAAGCGCCGAUUACCCUGUCGGAUGGCACAUACCUGCCUAAAGGUGUUCAUCUUGGCGUCCCCACCUCUCACAUGCGCGAUCCGGAGGUCCUAGGCGAUAACCCGGAUCAGUUUGACGGCCACAGAUUCUUGCGCAUGCGGCAGCAGCCAGGGCAGGAAAACAAGUGGCAGUUCGUGACCACGAGCCCUCACUUCCUGAGCUUUGGGCACGGGAAGCAUGCCUGCCCCGGGCGGUUUUUCGCCAGUAACGAGAUCAAGAUCAUUCUCUGUCAUCUCAUUAUGAAAUACGACUGGUCUUAUGAGAACGAGCCACCAAGGAGUGCUCACGAGCACCGAUUCGUGCCUGAUCCGCACACGGACUUUUGCGCCUGGGUCGGUCUGAAGGCUCGCGUUUUGGAAAAGCAGCUGCCAUUUGUAGGAGCUAGGACAUAA